AUGGUAAACGACGAGGAAUUCUACAUUCGUUACUAUACUGGUCAUAAAGGUAGAUAUGGACAUGAAUUUUUAGAGUUUGAGUUUUGUGCUGAUGGAAGAUGUCGUUAUGCUAACCACUCAAAUUAUAGAAAUGACAGUUUAAUAAGAAAAGAGAUGUACGUUAGUCCUUUAAUGAUGAAAGAAUUGAAAGAAAUUAUCAAAGAAAAUGAUCAUCGAUGGCCUAAAAAGAAUGUUGUUGGUAGGCAAGAACUUGAGAUCAGAUUAGGAAAUGAACAUAUUUCUUUUGAGACUGCCAAGAUUGGAUCACUUGUUGACGUUCAAGAAAGUGAAGAUCCUGAAGGUUUAAGAAGUUUUUAUUAUUUAGUGCAAGAUCUUAAAUGUUUAGUAUUUUCUUUGAUCAGUUUACAUUUUAAGAUUAAGCCGAUUUAA